UCAAUCAUCACCAUCGUCGCCUUCACCAAAAUGGCUCCAACCCUUACAGGUCUUCCAUCGGAGAUCCGUCAGCAAAUCUUCAAAGAGUGUCUUAAGGUAGAUGGCGGUUAUAUCUAUGAUAUCCAAACUGAUAAAUUAACGAAUGCCGAUGAAGGCCAUACCCUGAUUGACCUCUCCCUUCGACAUACAUGUCGCUCUAUCGCAAAAGACACGAAAACAAUUCCCCUAGCGGUCAACAUCAUCCACUUCUCAACCAGCUUCCUCCGCGAUGACUGGCGUAGCUUGGCCGGCUGCUUUAACCUGGCUGCUACUGCAUAUUACAUCCUAGAGCAAGACUUGGUCUUUCAUCUUGCUGAGUUCAUAACUCCAGCAAUGUUCGCCCAGCUUGACUCGAAGUUUCCAAGAUUCAGGUCGGCGUUUGAAUCAGAAUUGUCAAACCACAAUAUCAGCAACCCCGUAAGGGACAGGCCCCGCUCGAAAUCCCUUGUCGAUAGGAUGCGACCUCCUCUCUGCCCCUGGGUAGAUUUCUUUUUUAGGCUAUACGUCGACGGUCCCGAUGUCCUUGGUCCUUUUGCCCAUCACAGCUUUGCUGGUGCCCAUGAAGAAGACUUCAUGGACCCAUGUCGUGACUUACCAAGUCAGCCUCAUAAACAAUGGCUGGAGCAAUCCGGGGAUAUCCGAGAUGCACUGUCUUAUUGUCUACGGCUCAUCGCUGAACAGGUACCAACAGAAUUCGCCAACCAGGUAUACAAGACCUUGCCCCACUGGGUUGGCAAGUACCAAUCGCAAGAGUUUCUAAGGCUUAAGUUCAACCUCUGGGAUAUUCCUUCACGGGAGGAGGUCGCCCAUUUAUUGGCUCUAUUGAAUAUUCACGAAUUUGUCUGGAAGCUCCCUGAAAUUUGGACAUAUCCCCUCGGGUUCUACCAGGAACUUGGCGAUGCUCCCAGUAAGCCACGUCCCGAAAACGCCGAACGAGGUCAAUAUGCUACCGAAUAUGAUAAUCCCAUGAGAUUGGUCCAACAUUUCGAUUAUCGCUAUCGCAAGAAAAUAAGAUUCUCUGCUACCGCUUCAGCGAUACGGUUCCUCCAAAGGCUACCCGUUGACCAGCGAAUUCAGAUCCGCAGGGUCACAUUACAUGAAGACUCUCCAUCAGUCAAUAUGCCAUCCCUUCAUGCCCAGGGCCUGGUCCCUUUAUUUAAGGAAAAUCCUCUACUUCGAGUGGAGCGCCGUGUCAGUGUUUUUGGCUGCAUCUACAACUUCGCGGGGCCGAGUGAGGAUUGCAUCACUCGAGCCAAAACCAGACCACUUUAUGGCCCUUCCUUUCUCCCGAAGUUACAAUCCUGGCUUAUUGACGCUCUUGCUAUGCGGGACUUGGAUAUCCCCACAGGCUCCUUUACCUUUACGUUGGAGGGUGGACCCUAUGGCGAUUUUUGCACCGAGGUUUUCCAGGGGUGCAUUCUCAUGAGCAUUGCGGAUGACGAAGCAUUCAUUAAAUGCGGUGAGCUGGGCCUCUUCAGAUCUAUAGAUUCGAUGUCUUGUACACCGGAUCACUUCUUUCUCGACCCCAGAUUCAAGGAAGCAAUUGAUCACUUGGUGAACCAGACAUCGAUUUUGCGUUCUGAUUUUAACCCUGGGGUUCCGGUAGACCCUAACGCAGUGGUCGAGGAAAGUAAAGGAUUUGAUGAUGUGGAAGACCUUAUUGAGAGAUGGGAAUAUUCAGCAAUAUUCUUUGGCUGCAAAAUGCCUACUGAUCUAUACUACGAUGUCAUGCUAGCUGCUAAGUAUGAUUUUCAGACCAGGGAGCAGUAUAUUGAGUCACAGGGAGGAAAGGUCAAGGAACAAGAAUCGUAA